CCAACCAAGCCACCACAUGCCAUCUAAUUCAAGGCUAUCCCUUUGACUUUCUAUUCAACCCCGUGUCUCUCUCUCUCUCUCUCGCUCUCUCUCAAAACUUUAAAAUUGAAGCUCCCCACCUAAUAUCCAAUCCAAAAAUUUGAUCUUUCCGACUUCGAUUCUGCUUAGCUUUUACCCGUGUUCCAGUCAUUGAUCCCAGCUCAAGCUGUGUUCUACCCCAACGGAGGUGGAUUCAUCUUAAUGCUGCUUUGCUUCUGCUACUCUCUGCCUGCAUCUAUCCAUUAAUGAUCGCUCCGUUCUUUUCCAAUUCACGUGCCUCUUAUCUCUUAUUGCUCCACACACAUACUUGAUUGGCCUUACAAUCGGAAGCAGAGACAGGAAAAGGAAGGUGGCCAUGAAGACUGGAUCGCCACUUGUUCCCAGAUGUGGGUUGUUGAUUAUCAUCAGCUCUCUUCUGUUACUUGAAACAUCGACAGUGGCAGACCCCAGAUCCCAAACCGCGAAGAUACUUUGUUCAACCGUGUUAGAGCAUAAUACAACGGCUUUUGUGCCCAAUUUCGUGGGCACAAUGCAAGUAAUCAGUGACCAAAUGCGAACUGGUGGUUUUGGAGUGGCACGUGUGGGUAACGGGCCGGACGCCAACUACGGACUCGCUCAAUGUUACGGAGAUUUGUCGCUGAUGGAUUGUGUGUUGUGUUACGCGGAAGCCCGUACUGUCCUUCCUCAAUGCUUCCCUUUCAACGGCGGCCGGAUUUUCCUGGACGGCUGCUUCAUGAGGGCUGAGAAUUACAGCUUUUAUGAGGAAUUUUCGGGGCCUCUUGACAGGGCUGUGUGCGGUAACAAUUCCAUCACCAACUCCGUUUAUGGACAGUCGACCAGGCAGGCUGUGGCCCGUGCAGUCGAAACUGCACCCAACAAUGGAGGGUAUGCGAGAAUUCAAGUGGCUCUCCCUGGAACCCCCAAUGCCUCGGUUUACUUGUUGGCUCAGUGCUGGAGGAAUCUGAAUCGCAGCUCCUGCACUUCCUGUUUGCAAAACGCCUCUGCUUCUAUCUUGAAAUGCUUGCCUCGAUCUGAAGCAAGAGCCCUCAACACAGGUUGUUUCAUGAGAUACUCUAAUGUUGACUUCUUAAAUGCAGAAGCUCAAGCUGCAAGGUCAAGAGGCACCAUUGUAGCAAUUGUAGUCUCACUGGUGAGCUCUGUUGCUGUUUUAGUCGUUGGAGUGUUGAUUGGCAUCUACAUCUGGAAUAACAGAUAUGUAAACAACAAACGAAGAGGUUCAAACGAUGUAAACAAGAUGGCAAAAACACUAAACAAUAGCAGCUUGAAUUUCAAGUACUCUACCCUUGAAAAGGCAACAGGGUCCUUUGCGGAGGCUAACAAGCUUGGACAAGGAGGAUUUGGCACCGUUUAUAAGGGAGUUCUGUCGGAUGGAAGAGAGAUAGCUGUGAAGAGGCUGUUCUUCAAUAACAAACAUAGAGCAGCAGAUUUUUACAAUGAAGUCAACAUAAUUAGCAGUGUGGAGCACAAAAAUUUAGUGAGGUUGCUUGGGUGUAGUUGCUCUGGACCUGAAAGCCUGCUGGUGUAUGAAUUCCUUGCCAACAGGAGUCUGGACCGCUUCAUUUUUGAUGGAGAAAGAGGUAAAUCACUGAAUUGGGAGAAGAGGUUUGAGAUUAUUGUGGGAACGGUUGAAGGGUUGGCUUACCUGCAUGAGAACUCAAAAAACAAGAUCAUUCACAGAGACAUCAAGGCUAGUAACAUACUGCUGGACUCAAGGCUUCGAGCUAAAAUUGCUGAUUUUGGAUUAGCUAGAUCCUUUGAAGAAGAUGUGAGCCACAUCAGCACUGCCAUUGCUGGAACCUUGGGAUAUUUGGCGCCAGAGUACUUGGCUCAUGGGCAGCUAACGGAGAAGGCGGAUGUGUACAGUUUUGGUGUGGUGUUGCUGGAGACGGUGACCGGGAGACAGAACAGCAGGAGCAAAGCCUCGGACUACUUGGAAAGCAUAGUACUGAUUGCAUGGAAGCACUUUCAAGCGGGAACAAUGGAAAGGAUAUACGACCCAAACCUUAUGGUUGAAGGAGAUGGAAGCAUGAAAGAGGAGAUAUUGAGAGUGGUGCAGAUCGGGCUUCUUUGCACACAGGAGAGCGCAUCUCUGCGACCCACAAUGUCCAAGGUACUGCAGAUGCUGAUGAAGAAGGAAGAGAAGCUUCCGGCGCCGACCAACCCACCGUUCAUGGACGAGAGGACGAUGGAACUGAACGACACCAGUGAGGACCCAUCCUACUUCAACAUGACGGAAGCUUCUUCCUCAGCGGCCACCGUGACCCACAGUUCAUUUCAUCCCAGGUAAUAGCAACUGUAAUAGUAAUUUAGUGUUCGGGUGAGGAAGAAUUUGCAGACAGUUUGGCGACAACUGUAUGAACCAGCUUAAUCUGAGUGCAAUUCUGUGGCCCCUACAAUUCCAUAUCCACGCGUCUGAACGGAAUAAAUUGUUUUGUGCUUCCUCGUGGAAAGUUUGAAUUCAACAACUCUUUUGCUUUAACAAAAUACAACUCCCGUAAAUUCAACAUAGGCUCAAUUAUUGAAAUCCCAGGCUU